AUGCCGCGAAGACCUAACAGAGUCCCGCCAGCCGGCUCCCCGAAAGAGCGGCACGAAAGACACGGGGGAGAAGAGGAAGAUUUUUCUGCUUCACCUCCGCGUGUCCGGGCAAGCAAAACGCCAGCAAAGACGCGCGUGGGAGGGGGCUACGGUUUUGACGACUUCUCUUCUAUCGCUGCGGACCAAAGCCGGGUAAUUGACGAUAGUCCGCAGGUGUUCAUGAACCACAACGAGGAACACAGUCGACAAGGCAGCAUAGAAGGAGGAGAGCCAGGAAAUGGCGACGGUCAAAAAAGAGGAGAUGUGGCCCAGGAAGAACGACGGAGGACGGGCAACUCCGUUCCGCUGUCGCCAACAGUCGACCACGCAGCGGAGAAGGCAGACCAAAGGUGCGAAAAAUGGAAGACGCUCGCCGUCGACGAAACUGUUUGUUUCUCGUCUUUUACCUCCGUGUCGGAAGGCGAAGGGCGUGUGCCCUAUGGGGACGCCUCAACUUGUGUAGAGGCCUCUCGUGGAGUUCAAGAAAGAGAUCUCGAUGAGCAAAGGCAAGAGAAGGAAAAGCCUACUGCGGAGCCUGCGGAUGUUAGCACGUACGGAAAGGCGAUCGAGAGGAGCGGGCAUGGAUUGAGCAUAUCACGUUUGCUGUGGAAAAAGGAGACAGUGACGAAAGAGGCGGUUUUCUUUGGGGAAACUCAAUCGAAAGACGUGAAGAAGCCGGAGACAGGCAAACCAAGGCAUCCAGGCAAUAAACGGUUCUCCUGGAGAUGGCUCUUCGGAUGGUUUUACAUUUCUUUGCCUCUAGUGUCCACUUUCAUCAUCUUCUUUCCUGCGUGGUACGUGCUUCUCCCGUUGGAUGUCCAGCUGUAUACGUCGGCACUUCUCCCUCGGCAUUUCCGCGACUUCUACGAUGGCGGAGCCUCUUUCUCGAGAGCGUUUUUCCCUUUCGUCUUGCGCGAGGGCAAGCGGGACCCGUCGGCCUGCAGACGCGGUGACAGGAAGUUGAGCUCGAAACCGCGGAAGAACAUGUUUGCGGCGGUGUGGAAUAGUGACGAGGAACUACCUAGCGUGGCAACGGGAGGGGAUGCCGGAGACGCUUUUUCGCUUCCUUCUGUGGAAGAGCUGGAACGAGAAUUCUUCAACUAUACGGCUCGGCAUGUCCCGUACCCACCAGCGUUGCACGAGCACUCCGGUGAGUUCAAGAAGGAAAUCAUUCAAGUUGUCCCUGACGUGUACGUGGCUGUUGGGUACGGUCUAGCGAAUUCUGUCAUUCUCAACGGAACCGACGGAAUAGUCGUUGUCGACACGAUGGAGAGCACUGCGACGAUGCAAGCUGUCUGGGCAGAUUGGCUCAAGUUGCCCAACAGCAAUUUCCCGGUGAAGGCCAUCAUCUACACACAUUUUCACACCGACCACAUCUUUGGCGCGGCUGCCAUCGCAACGCCGAACGUCACAGAGGUACACGCGUACUGGCUAACAUACGCAGAGAUGAGUAAGGUGUUCACCUUGACAGCGGGAACGACGUACAGGCGUUCGAUGCGGCAGUUCGGAGUCUUUGUCGACGAAGAAGAUUUUCUGAACGCUGGAAUCGGGCCUACACUUCACUACAAUAAUCAGGCAGAAAUUGGGGCGAUUCUUCCGACCCAUAUUAUGCACGGAGAGAAGAAGACCCUACACAUUGCUGGAAUGAAACUGCAGCUGUUGCAUGCUCCGGGCGAAAGCAAAGACCAAAUUGUCGUGUGGCUCGAAGACAAACGCGUCCUUCUCGGAGCCGACAAUCUCUAUAGGUCUCUGCCAAACAUCUACGCCAUCCGCGGAACAGAAACACGCGACUGCAAUGACUGGAUCGCAUCUCUGGAUCUCAUGCGUUCGUUAAACGCCGAGUAUCUUGUCUUAGGACACACACGCCCACUAUAUGGGAAAGAUGAGAUUCAGUCCACGCUAGUGGCUUAUCGAGACGCGAUUCAGUUUAUCCAUGAUCAAACCGUGCGCUACAUGAACAAAGGAUACUACGUCAACGACAUUUCCCAUAACAUCAAGUUGCCUGAGCACCUCGCCAACCACCCAUUCCUCCAGCCUUUCUAUGGAACGGUCCCUUGGGCGGUGCGCGCGAUCUUUACUCAUUACAUGGGAUGGUAUUCCGGCAACCCCGAGGAUUUGGCGAUGAUGAGCACGCAGGAAAAAGCUGAAGCGCUGCUCAGUCUAGCCGGCAGCGUCGACGAUCUGCUGAUGCACGCCAUCGAAAACCUUCGACAGGGGCGCGCACCAUGGGCGUUGGAACUCGCCAGCGCUGCUUACACCGUGGAACCACGGUCAAAACGGGCCAAAGCACUGAAAAUACUGGCUCUGAGGGCUAACGCCUCACAACAAAGUGCUGCUACGGGUCGAAACUGGUUUCUAACGGCUGCCCUGGAACUUGAAGGGCGGGCCGAACUGAAGCUAAGCGACACUCAAAAGCGACAGACGUUGGCAAAAAUCUCCCUGCAGCAGCAGUUUGAGCUUCUUCCAGUUCGUUUGAUACCAGAGCGAGCACGCCAUUUGACAUGCAUCUUGAAGUUCCACUUUUCGGACGUGAAUGAAAACAUAUGCGUCCACUUCCGCAAAAGUAUAGCGUACCUCAAAUGGCCCUGUGAGGGAACACCAGACGUCGAAGUCGAGAGCACCCGAGCAGUUUGGCUUGGCAUCGUCAACAAAGAUAGAAGCCCAGCCAUGGCAUAUGCAACAGGAGAUCUCAAAGUUAAAGGGUCAAUUUUCACGCUUGCCCGAGCGCUCUUAGCCGUCGAGCUAGACGCUGACUGA